CUCUCGAUUUCUGCGUGAUUCGCCUGCCUGCCUUCCUGCUCACUGCUGCUACUCGCGCACGCACCAACCAGAGGAGCCAGCACGCAGCGGCGACUCGGGGCCUGCCGCGCUUCCCCGUGGGCCGUGGCCGUGCGCAACAUCCUCGAUUCCACCGGAGGGAAAGGAAACGCCGGGAGAAGGGGGGAGGAGGCGUGGCGGCCAUGUCUCCGAUCUGGGUGUUCGGGUACGGCUCGCUGAUCUGGAACCCCGGCUUCGCCUACGACGCCCGCGUCGUCGGCUUCGUCAGGGACUACCGCCGCGUCUUCUACCAGGGGAGCACGGACCACAGGGGCACGCCGCAGUUCCCCGGGAGGACCGUCACCCUCGAGCACCAGCCCGGAGCGACCUGCUGGGGAGUUGCUUAUAGUAUAAAGGAGGAAGAUAAGGAGAUAGCUAUGGAGUACCUUGAAGUCAGGGAGAAGCAAUAUGAUGAGAAGGUUUACCUGGACUUGUAUACUGAUUCAUCGCCCAAAGUACCAGCUGUCGAAAAUGUGAUGGUAUACUUCGCCACCGCUAAUAAGGAGACCAAUGAAAACUACCUUGGUCCUGCACCUCUGGAUGAAAUGGCCAGUUCCCUAAGAAAACUCUUGCCGUAUUUAGGCAAAUUUGCCUUGCUCAAGGCCCAUCUGGACCUAACAGAGAGUAUGUGUUCAAACUUGAGGAUGCUUUAAACAAAUUAGUUCAAAUAUUUCUUGUCAGGAGUUGUAGACCAACAUGUCCAAGAACUGGCGAAUGCUGUGCGUGAGUAUUCUGACACCGAGUUAUCUAAGUGAAAAAUCACAUUUACCCCUUGUUUGGAGGGUAAAGAUUUAUGAAUAAAGUUAGAAUCCAUUCAUGCCCAAACAUUGAUAUAUUCUUGUAAGCUGCUUUUUGAGUGGCUACAUUUUGAUUAUAUUCC